GACAUCCUCAUCCUCAUGACCAUCUUCGCCAACUGCGUGGCCCUGGGGGUCUAUAUCCCCUUCCCCGAGGACGACUCCAACACGGCCAACCAUGACCUGGAGCAGGUGGAAUACGUCUUCCUCAUCAUCUUCACGGUGGAGACGUUCCUGAAGAUCAUCGCGUACGGCCUGGUCCUGCACCCCAGCGCCUACAUCCGCAACGGCUGGAACCUGCUGGACUUCGUCAUCGUGGUGGUGGGGUUGUUCAGCGUGGUCCUGGAGCAGGCAUCCCACAAGCCCGGGGACGCCCACCACAUGAGCGGGAAGCCGGGCGGCUUCGACGUCAAAGCCCUGCGGGCCUUCCGCGUCCUCCGGCCCCUGCGCCUCGUCUCCGGCGUCCCCAGCCUGCACAUCGUGCUCAACUCCAUCAUGAAGGCCAUGGUGCCCCUGCUGCACAUCGCGCUGCUCGUCCUCUUCGUCAUCAUCAUCUACGCCAUCAUCGGCCUGGAGCUCUUCAUCGGCCGCAUGCACAAGACCUGCUUCCUCGUGGGCUCAGACCUGGAGGCCGAGGAGGACCCCUCGCCCUGCGCCUUCUCGGGGCACGGCCGGGAGUGUCCCCUCAACAGCACCGAGUGCCGGGGCCGCUGGGACGGGCCCAACGGGGGGAUCACCAACUUCGACAACUUCUUCUUCGCCAUGCUGACCGUCUUCCAGUGCAUCACCAUGGAGGGCUGGACCGACGUGCUGUACUGGAUGCAGGACGCUAUGGGGCAUGAGCUGCCCUGGGUUUACUUCGUCAGCCUGGUCAUCUUCGGCUCCUUCUUCGUGCUCAACCUGGUGCUGGGGGUGCUGAGCGGGGAGUUCUCCAAGGAGCGGGAGAAGGCCAAAGCCCGGGGGGACUUCCAGAAGCUGCGGGAGAAGCAGCAGAUGGAGGAGGAUCUCAGGGGCUACCUGGACUGGAUCACGCAGGCCGAGGACAUCGACCCCGACGACGAGGAGGGGGACCCUGAGGACAAGCACGCCCGGGUGACCGUGGAAGACCUGACGCAGAAGAAGAAAGACCGACUCCGAUGGCUCCAUCACUCCAGCCAUUCCACCGACACCCACAGUCAGUUCAGAGUCACGAGGGGGGAGCUCACCCGUACGUCUCUCCCCCAGCCAGUCUCCCUGCGAGUGAAACGACGUCCGUCAACACCGAGAACGUGGGCGAAGAGGAGCAUCACGCCACCUGCUGCGACGUGUAUCUGUGAGUGCGCGGAGGGGCCCCAGGUCCCACCCCAGAGGUGGCUGCGUUUGAUUUUUCGUUUCUUUUCUCUUCUCUUUCUGCAGAGCAAAAUCUCAAAGACAAAAUUCUGCCGCCGGUGCCGGCGCAUGAACCGGCUCCUGCGGAAGCGCUGCCGCCUGGCCGUGAAAUCCGUCUCCUUCUACUGGAUGGUUCUGAUCCUCGUCUUCCUCAACACGCUGACGAUCGCCUCCGAGCACGACAACCAGCCCGCCUGGCUGACGCAGAUCCAGGCCUACGCCAACAAGGUGCUGCUCUCGCUCUUCACGCUGGAGAUGCUGCUCAAGCUCUACGCCCUGGGCCUGCAGGGCUAUUUCGUCAGCUUCUUCAACCGCUUCGACUGCUUCGUGGUGUGCGGGGGCAUCCUGGAGACGCUGCUGGUGGAGCUGCAGCUCAUGGAGCCGCUCGGCAUCUCCGUGCUGCGCUGCGUCCGCCUGCUGCGCAUCUUCAAAGUCACCAGGCACUGGGCGUCGCUGAGUAACCUGGUGGCCUCGCUGCUGAACUCCAUGAAAUCCAUCGCGUCCCUGCUGCUGCUGCUCUUCCUCUUCAUCAUCAUCUUCUCCCUGCUGGGGAUGCAGCUCUUCGGCGGCAAGUUCAACUUCGACGAGACCCAGACCAAGCGCAGCACGUUCGACACCUUCCCGCAGGCGCUGCUCACCGUCUUCCAGAUCCUGACGGGCGAGGACUGGAACGCGGUGAUGUACGACGGGAUCAUGGCGUACGGGGGGCCGCACUUCCCCGGCAUGCUGGUCUGCGUCUACUUCAUCAUCCUCUUCAUCUGCGGCAACUACAUCCUGCUGAACGUCUUCCUGGCCAUUGCUGUGGACAAUCUGGCCGAUGGGGACAACAUCAACUCGUCCAAGGAGGAGAGCAGAAAGGGGAAGGCGGCGGAUGAAGCCCAGGGCAGCGGCAGCCAGGAUGGCAGCGUGAAGGUGCCGUGCGGGGAGGAGGAGGAGGAGGAGGAGGAGGAGGACGAAGGGAGUGAAGAAGGAGGGGAGGAGGCCGAGGAGGGCGACCAGGAGAGCCUGGCCGAGUCCCACCUGGACAAGCUGGAGGAGGCGCCGACCGAGAAAGUGCUGCCCAUCCCGGCUGGCAGCGCCUUCUUCAUCCUGAGCAGCACCAACCCGCUCCGGGUGGGGUGUCACACCUUGAUCCAUCACCACAUCUUCACCAACCUCAUCCUCGUCUUCAUCAUCCUCAGCAGCAUCUCGCUGGCCGCCGAGGACCCCAUCCGGGCCCACUCCUUCCGCAACAUCAUUCUGGGGUACUUCGACUAUGCCUUCACCUCCAUCUUCACCGUGGAGAUCCUGCUCAAGAUGACAGCCUACGGCGCCUUCCUCCACAAAGGCUCCUUCUGCAGGAAUUGGUUCAACCUGCUGGAUCUGCUGGUCGUCAGCGUCUCCCUCAUCUCCUUCGGGAUCCACUCCAGCGCCAUCUCUGUGGUGAAGAUUUUGCGGGUGCUGCGCGUGCUGCGGCCUCUGCGAGCCAUCAACCGGGCCAAGGGCCUGAAGCACGUGGUCCAGUGCGUCUUCGUGGCCAUUCGCACCAUCGGCAACAUCAUGAUCGUCACCACCCUGCUGCAGUUCAUGUUCGCCUGCAUCGGGGUGCAGCUCUUCAAGGGCAAAUUCUCCAGCUGCACGGACGAGGCCAAGCACACGCCAGAGGAAUGCAAGGGCACGUUCAUCGUGUACAAGGACGGGGACGUGGGGCACCCCAUGGUGCGUGAGCGGAUCUGGCACAACAGCGACUUCAACUUCGACAACGUCCUGUCCGGCAUGAUGGCCCUGUUCACGGUCUCCACCUUCGAGGGCUGGCCCAGCCUGCUGUACAAGGCGAUCGACGCCAACGGGGAGAACCAAGGCCCCAUCUACAACUACCGGGUGGAGAUCUCCGUCUUCUUCAUCGUCUACAUCAUCAUCAUCGCCUUCUUCAUGAUGAACAUCUUCGUGGGCUUCGUCAUCAUCACCUUCCGCGCCCAGGGCGAGCAGGAGUACCGCAACUGCGAGCUGGACAAGAACCAGCGGCAGUGCGUGGAGUACGCGCUGAAGGCCCAGCCGCUGCGGCGCUACAUCCCCAAGAACCGGCACCAGCACCGGGUGUGGGCGGCCGUGAACUGCUCGGCCUUCGAGUACGGCAUGUUCCUGCUCAUCCUGCUCAACACCAUCGCCCUGGCCGUGCAGCACUACGAGCAGUCGCAGCCCUUCAACUACGUCAUGGACCUGCUCAACAUGGUCUUCACCGGCCUCUUCACCGUGGAGAUGGUGCUGAAAAUCAUCGCCUUCAAACCCCGGCACUAUUUCUGCGACGCCUGGAACACGUUCGACGCGCUGAUCGUGGUGGGCAGCGUGGUGGACAUCGCCGUCACCGAGGUCAAUAAUGGCGGCCAUGUCGGAGAGAGCUCGGAGGACAGCUCCCGCAUCUCCAUCACCUUCUUCCGCCUCUUCCGCGUCAUGCGCCUGGUGAAGCUGCUCAGCAAAGGCGAAGGGAUCCGCACGCUGCUCUGGACCUUCAUCAAGUCCUUCCAGGCCCUGCCCUAUGUCGCCCUGCUGAUCGCCAUGAUCUUCUUCAUCUACGCCGUCAUUGGCAUGCAGAUCUUCGGCAAAGUGGCGCUGCAGGACGGGACGCAGAUCAACCGCAACAACAACUUCCAGACCUUCCCGCAGGCCGUGCUGCUGCUCUUCAGGUGCGCCACGGGGGAGGCCUGGCAGGAGAUCAUGCUGGCCAGCCUGCCCGGGAAGCGCUGCGACCCCGAGUCGGACGUGGGGCCCGGCGAGGAAUUCACCUGCGGGAGCCACUUCGCCAUCGUCUACUUCAUCAGCUUCUUCAUGCUCUGCGCCUUCCUGAAUUAAAACUUUGUUGCCGUGAUCAUGAUCACUUUCACUUACCUGGACUGACGACUCCAUCCUGGCCUGGCCACCCCCCACCUGGAUGAGUUCAAACGCAUCUGGUCUGAGUACCACUACCAGGGCCGCAUUAAACACUUGGACGUGGUGACCCUGCUACGCCGGAUCCAGCCGCCCCUGGGCUUCGGGAAGCUCUGCCCCCACCGCGUGGCCUGUAAGAGGCUGGUGGCCAUGAACAUGCCCCUGAACGCAGACGGCACCGUCACCUUUAACGCCACGCUCUUCGCCCUGGUCCGCACCUCGCUCAAGAUCAAGACCGAAGGGAACUUGGACCAAGCCAACAAAGAGCUCCGGGCCGUCAUCAAGAAGAUCUGGAAGAGAACGAAACCCAAACUCCUGGACGAGGUGAUACCUCCGCCAGAAGAGGAGGAGGUGACGGUGGGGAAGUUUUACGCCACAUUCCUGAUCCAGGAUUAUUUCCGGAAGUUCCGGAAGCGGAAGGAAAAGGGGCUUCUGGGGCCGGACGCCUCCCCCAGCAACUCCACCGCCCUGCAGGCCGGGCUGCAGACCCUGCAGGACCUGGGCCCCGAGAUGCGCCGGGCGCUGUCCUGCGACCUGGAGGAGGGGGAGGAGGCGGCCGGGGACACCCUGUGUGAGGAGGAGCAGCUGACAUGCCAGACCCCAGAGGGACUGCUCGGCAGCGCCCCCGACCACCGCCCCACGGCUUCCGUCUCCGCCCCGGCCGAGGGGGGUGGGGAGCCCCUGGCCAAUGGGCUGCUGGACCCCCGGCACCCCUCUUCCGCCAGUCUGGCCAGGACCCCCAACCACCCCCCCAGCUACGAGGAGAACGAGAGGGGGCAGGAGGAGCUGCCCGAGCUACCCCACAUCCCCAGCAGGCGCCGCAUGAGCAGGCGGAGCUCUGACGGGAGCUGUAUCCCCCCGACGGUGCAUGAGGAGCCCGCCCCAGCCGAGGAGAUGGCGGGGCAGCAAGGCUACAAUAGCCGGGAGGACGACUCGGAGAGCCUGGCUUCUCAGGACAGGCAGCCGUGUUUGGGGGACGCCCGGCUCUACCGGCGCCGCUGGGAUGAUGGCGGUUAUGGGGGGUCCCUGCCGCUGCCCCAUCGCCGCCUCUCCAACGCCCACCCAGACGGGGGGCCGGGGGGCCGCCUGGCCAAGCGCCGACGCCUCCUGCCCCCCACGCCCGCAGGCCGGAAGCCGCCCUUCCUCAUGCAGUGUUUGCAGCGGCAGGGCAGCUGUGAGGACAUGCCCAUCCCGGGCACCUACCACCAGAACGCCCCGGACCGGCGCCACCACCCCCAGGGCUACGGCAGCGCCGCCUCCUGGCACAGCACCAGCCGCCCCCCCGGGGACUCCUCGCAGGCCUGGGCUGUGCCCCCCAAGCGGGGCCGGCUGCUCUACGCCCCACUGCUGCUGGUGGAGGAGGGGGGGCUGACGGUCAGGGGCUGGGGGGAGAAGAGCAGCAGCCGCAGCCUCCCGCCCCCCUCCCGCACCCGCUGGGGGGCCCACGAGCCGGACCUGCCCUGGCCCCCCUACGCCCAUCUCCACGUGCCCAGUCCCAGCUACCACGACCAGCGGGGCAGCGCUGACAGCCUGGUGGAAGCCGUGCUGAUCUCGGAGGGCCUGGGGCUCUACGCCCGGGACCCCAAGUUCGUGGCCUUUGCCAAGCGGGAGAUCGCCGACGCCUGUCACAUGACCAUCGCCGAGAUGGAGAGCGCCGCCUCCGACCUGCUGAGCCGCGGGCGGGGCGCCGGGGGGCGCGGGGGGCCCCUGGGCAGCGACGGGGAGGGGCCCCCCCUGUACAGCGACGAGGAGCCGUUCCGCUCGCGGGCCGAGGACGAGCUGGCCGACGAGAUGGUCUGUGUGGCCUCGUAUUGACCGGGGCGGGGGGCACGAGGACCCCCCCGAGGGGACCCCCAGGACUCAGAGAUACAGCUGGACCCGCCCCCAAGGGCAGGGAGGCGGGGGAGCCCCCCGGGGGUGCAGCUGGGAGCAGUGGGGGCCAGGAGAAGACAGACGAGGGGGCUCCCCCCCAAACGCAGCCCCCUCAUUGGCCGAGGGGGGGGCUGUGCUAGCAGCCCCGCCUCCUUUGCUGAAGCCACGCCCCCACCCAAUGGGGAGCCCCCUGGGGUCGGGGCGGGGGGCGGAACUGGGACAGUUCAAUAAAGUCUCUUUGGAAGAAGUGAGG